AUGACAGGCGCCAUCACCAUCAUCAUCAUCAUCAUGAGCAUUAAACAAUGGAUAGCUUUGCUUAUUUUAUAUGUUGGCUACCUGCUAUUAGGUGCACUAUUAUUUUAUUACCUUGAAAGGGGACAAGAAAUUGUUAAAAGAAAUGAAGAUUUUCAACUUUACAAGGAUCUCGUAGUUUUGUUAAAAAGUUAUGGAGUUAAUAAAACGAUGGCAUUAACGUUGGAAGGAUAUUGUGGAAGGCCGUUAACGGAAAAUGCAGAUAUUGAUGACGUAUCACAAGAAUAUUGGACAUUUUAUAAAUCCGUCGUUUUUGUAUUGACGGUUGUCAGCACUGUCGGUUAUGGUAACAUUCAUCCGACUAUGCCUUUGACGAGGUACCUAAUGAUUAUUUAUGCCGUCAUAGGAUUACCCAUCAAUGGUAUUCUUCUAACAUCAUUGGCAUCGUUUUUUAGUACCGUGUUUAUAAGAGCUCACAAAAAAUACAAAAGGUACGAAUCGAGAUUCGGUUUAGCCGUCGAUAUAAUUACUUAUCUCAUACCUGGAAUAUUAGUUUUUAUAUUCAUACCUGCAACGGCUUUUUAUUAUUUUGAAGAAUGGACAUACGAAGAAUCUGUUUAUUUUGCUUUCGUCACAUUGACAACGAUCGGUUUUGGCGAUUAUGUUGCGGGGCAGAAAAGUUACAAGGGAUUUAAUAAAGAAGCUGUGACGGCUUAUAAAACUCUUUUACUCGGAUGGAUAAUAUUCGGUUUGGGAUACCUUAUAAUGCUUUUGGGAUACCUGACGAGAGCCAUGAGAUCUAAAAAAGUCGUCAAACUCGAGCAAAAACUCGUCGAAGCUCUCACUCGUUCGAAAAUAUGGCACGGUUUUACAAAAGACCUUGGUUACAUGAGACGUAUAAUGAACGAAUUGUACCUGGACAAAUUCAAGCCCGUGUUCAGAGACGAACAACUCAGAUUUCAUAGGAAACACGCAUUUCGAAGGAGCAAAAGUCUACCCAAUAUAAUAUUCGGAGUGGAUGACGAAGAACUUUUCGAAGAUGAUAAAAUAAUAACGAAAAGGAAAAGAGCACAAUCGGAAUUUAUACCUUGCAGAGAAGGUUUAACGAGAGUUUUUAGCGAAAGUGAUCUUCAUAGGAUUGAUAGACAUGCGACAUUUGCAUCUGCCACGGCUAUCCGCCCCUCGGAAUUAUUGCGACAAGUUGUCGAUUCGAUUAUUGGGAAACAAGACGAUUCGAUGGGUAUCAACGUUUUUUCUGACGAUGAAAUUUUAGAAAGCGAAGGUUGGUUCGAGGAAAAAGAAAAUUCAUUCGCAUCCGAACUCUAUCAACCGCCAUCUUCUUACGAAGACUUAUCGACGAGUGGAAACAAUAGAGAAAGAGCAUUGAGCGAAUUACCCGUAUCGAGAAGUACACCUCAUACCAUAACCGGUGCAGCAGGAAGUAACGUACGAGGUUCCGAUUGGACUUGGUCGGGAACUGGAGCCACGAAAAUUUUCAACAUAGUAAACGAACAUCAUAAAAGCUUACAACGUAAAACGUUAAAAAAUCAAAGUUUAAAUCAUUCACCCUCGUUUUUGAGUAGUGGAAAAUGGUUGACUCCAUCGAGAAGAAAACGUUUGUGUAGCGAAAACGAAGAUGGCGGCGGAUCGAAAUUAAACGUCGUGCAAAAUCCGGAAAUUAAAUUUUUAGACGUUGGUAGUAAUGAGUUUAUGAAACAAAACGAACAUAGAAAAACGAGUUUGUUUGAAUGUGGUGGUGGUGGUGGUGGUGCGGGGGCGGUGGGGCCUACUAUUAAUAAAUACAGUUCGGAUUUAUCUUACAUGACUCACACGGCCGGAACCGGAACUAAAGGUUUAGGUUUAAUGCACGGUAAAAUGAAUUUGAUGAAAGUGGAUGAAAAUUACGCGAAUCGAACAUGGGACCUAUUCAAAAAAACAAACGAUGAAAAUUUAUUAAACGAAACAUCUUUGGGUGAUUUUUUGAGGGCGUUGACGAGUCUACACAACAGGGUCGGACCCAGGCAAAAUUACGACGAAUGGAAUAAUCCCACACCUUCUCCUCCUCCUCCUCCUCCGCAAAGUCAUUCACUCAUUGAUUUAUCUCCCACGUCUGAAACCAUACCCGCAAGACUGAACACGUUUACGCAAAGUUCACUUAACAGAACGGAAUCCAUGCCGAUACCCGUGGAAAAAGAACCCUACAAUUUAAAAAAAUUGGGUAGAUUUUUAUUAAGGAGUUAUUCGUCAAAAUCCGAAUCAAAUCCCGACGUGUCUUACACUCAAACGGAUGAUGAUAACGUCGUAAUACCAUCCGUACGAAUAGAAAUAUCAUCACCACCGGAAACGGAAGAAUUUUCUCAACCGCCGGAAGUUAUAACGAGAUCGAACACUCUGGAUUCGACAAUGAAAUUAAAAAGAAGACAAUCGAUUAACGUUUUCGGUAAUAAUCCGUUUAGAUCAGCGGGAAGCACGGAAUCCGUUUAUCAUUCGAUCGGAAGUAAAGGUUGGCCACCAUCCUCAUCAUCAUCAUCUCCAUUAAGACAAUCGAGUAUAAGAUGGCGAACGGGUGGAAAAGCUCAAGGAGAAACUUGUUCAUCGAAACCGAGUUUAAGUAACGUUCAAUUUUCCGUUAGAUAUCCUUAA